GUUUUCAAUGACAUUUGAGUCACGGCGAUUUGUGCCUGUGUGUGUGUCAGUCAGAGUCUUUGCCAAAUUAUGUAACUUCAGCAUGCUACAAAUACCUAUGCAAAUAGUAGCUCUACAAUCCAAUACGUAUUUAUAGAUGUGCAUGCCUAAGUGUAAGUGUCUAUAUGUGUAUUCAUGUAAAUCUUGUGUAAAUAAUACAAUAGGCCACAGCAACAACUACAGCUACUACUACUACUACAACAACAACAACAAGAACAAGUACAACGUAAAGCAAAAAUGUAAAACCAUAAAUAGAGAAUCCCCACAACAACAAAAACUACUACUACUACUACUAACUGCGGCAGCAACAACAAAGAGCCGCUGCGAGCAGUGGCAGAAAUCAUAGCAUACCGUCAGGCGCACGUUAACUUAACAUGGGUAACUAUGCCAAGCCGCACCAGACCAGCUAACCACACUCAUUCUCUCUGCGUUUCUCUGUACGUGUGUGUGUGUACAUAUACAUAUUCAAUAAUUAAUUAACAUACCUCUCAAGUCUUUUUAACUGUCGAUCGAUGUCUUUUCCUUUGUGUGUUUAUUUUAGCGCGCCUCAAUGCCAAACUAAUCGACUUUCUAUGCCUUCGAUCUUUUGCUCGUUUUGAUACAAAGUCUUAACUCUCGCUCUCUCUCUCUAUCUCUCUUUUUACCUUAUUUGUUUGACAACGUUUUAAAACGAACCAAAUAACAACGACAAGUUUGCAUACUGCACGGAUAUUGUAAGUGCUAAGGAUCCAGCCGCCAAGAGCCCAGAAUCCUAUUUUGAAUAGACAACCAUAUCCUUUUCCCGUCCGCCGCACCAAAGUAUGCUAUAUACGAUUUUUGCUUAACUUUUGCAGACGAUGCACAGCCUAAAAUGCGUUUUAGCCUCUCACCACCGCCGCAGAAAGCCAUUACCAGCGCCCGCCUAACCUCGCCCACUAAAAACAGCCUCAGCAGCAGCAGCACCUCCACCAACACCACCAGGAGCACCACCCUCACCACCCCCGGCAGCAACAAUAGAAGCCCCAGCAGCACCAAAACCACCAUGCUGACCCGCAAUGGCGGAGGCCACGGGACCAGCCCCACCGCCUCCGGAUCCGGCCACGCCCCAUCCGCCUCAGCCUCAGCCUCCGCCGCUGCCGACGAUGAAGCCACCUCGGAUUACAACCAGUGGCUGCAUGCCAUGAAACUGGUGGCCCGCCUGCCCGGAGGCACUCCACCCGAGUUCCGACGCAAGUUGUGGCUCUCGCUGGCGGACAAGUACCUCAAGUCGAAGAACGUGGACUGGGCUCAGCAGCGGGAGAAGUGCUUCUGCGAGGAGUGGCGCGAGGAUGACGAGGAGCUGGGCAUACAAAUCGUCAAGGAUCUGCAUCGCACUGGCUCGAAUCUGUGCACCGGUCCCGCGGGCUCCAUAAACCAGGCCAAGCUGAAGCGCAUCCUUCUGGGCUAUGCGCGUUACAACCCCGAGGUGGGCUAUUGCCAGGGCUUCAACAUGCUGGGCGCCCUCAUACUGCAAGUGAUGGACAAGGAGGAGGAGGAGUCCAUGAAGGUCAUGAUCUACCUGGUGGAGGGCGUUCUGCCCACGGGCUACUUCUACGGCUCGAUGGGCGGCCUGCAGGCGGAUAUGGGCGUCUUCCGGGAGCUGAUGCAGACGCGACUGCCACGACUGGCGAAGCACCUGCAACGCCUCCAGGGACCCGUGGAGAAUGCCUUCGAACCGCCGCUAACCAACGUCUUCACCAUGCAGUGGUUCCUCACCAUGUUCUGCACCUGCCUGCCCAUGUCCUGUGUGCUGCGCGUCUGGGACCUGGUGCUCAUCGAGGGCAGUGAUGUCCUGCUUCGCACCGCCCUCGUCCUUUGGAGUCUGCUUGAAGAACGUGUCAUCAGUGUUCGAUCUGCUGAUGAGUUCUAUGGCAAGAUGGGAUCCUAUUCCAGUGAACUCCUCAAUGGCCACCUUGUGGACUCAAAUGGUCUCAUUGAGCGUGUGGUGAAGCUAGGACCCAUUGCGGAUUUGCGACAACUGCGGGAUAAGCACCUUUACAACAUUGCCCCACUGCGUCACAAACAGGGAUUGCAGCUCUACUACGACGAGGAGGACACCCAUUCGGAUGAGGAGCGCUUGGCGGUGGCAACUGUAUUCGGCUUGAAUUGGGGCAGACGUGGAUCUGUGGGUCCAGCGGCGGCGGGAAAGCAGCAGGUGGAGCAGAAGGAUCGCCUGGCUUUGGAUAUAUCCCUGCUGAAGAAGCAGUACGAUAGGCUGCGCGAGCGCCAGAAACAAGCGCAUGUCAUCCUGACCACCGCCUGUUCCACGGCAGCCCGUCAAGGAUCGGGUCCAGCGAGCAGCUCCCAGUCGUCGGUUCCGGUGAACCAGUUACUUCUCGGUCGCCCUGCCAUUGUGACCAACAAGGGAAAGCGCGUUGGAGCGCCAUUAGGCGCCAUUCCACCUGCUCGAAAGCCCUCCCUUCCCGCUGUCCUCCACACCAAGCCAACUGCAGAGAAACAGCUGCGAAGGGGAGAGACUCUGCUCUGGAGGGACACCGAUCCGAGCCGAAGACGUCGAGAUAGUCUCACCUGGAAGGAGAUCAAAGCAGAUCGAGCUGCCAUGAUGCGAGAGGGAGCUGAUGUGAGCUCCGUGAGAACGCAGAAGCUUCGCACGCGAUUCGGAAAGAGCGACAGCUCCUCCUACAGCGAGGACAGUGAUGGAGAGCAGGAGACUGGGGCAGGAGGUGGUGGAGGUUCCAGCACGGACACCAGCCUCUGUGAUGACGAUGACCCAAAGUCCACGGAGAAGAGUCCCAAGCAGAAGGCCAAGCUAGCACGCAAGCUCAAGGAGCAGAAGCAACUGGCCGGAUCCAGGGACACGAGUUUGGAGCGACAGAGACCCAAGUCUUGGGCUCCAAGCAGCCAUGAGAUUCCCUUCAUGCUAAUGGGCACGGAUAGUGGUGACGAGAAGGAGGAGAAGGCGACGAAAGAGGAGGCGGAUACUCUAGAUCAAGCGGAGGAUAGUGCCACGGAGAGCGGUCAUUUCGAGUUUGACAGGGAACUGCAUUUGGUCAGCUCCAAAAUAGAGCCACUGAAACUUCCUUACGAUUCCGAAUUCCCAGACAUGCCUUCCGUUAGUCCCAUACCGACGCCUCGAGAAAAGAGUGAAGCUGAAGAGGAUAUGCUGGAUGAGCGAAAGGCCUUCGAUGUGAGCGAUGAUGGGGUGACAAAUCAGUAUUUCGAGAGGGUUAACAGCGUGGAGCGGCCCAAUCGUCUGGAAUUGUCCUACUCGCUCAACGAGGAAGAGACGGAUACUAAUGCCAUUUACCUAGAGGAGAGGGAAAAGGUUGAGGGGCAUAGUGGUGAUAGGGAAUAUAAUUCCCUACCCCGUUUCUAUCCAAGCGAGGACGAUGAUGGCGUACAGGGUGAUGGCAAGGUGCCACAGAUUCGGGACGACAACAUUCCAGGCGAGAACAAGGACGACUACAAAGAGCUCCUGAGCAUGACGAUAGAGGAAAAUACUGGGUACAAGCCACCACCUCCCACAGCCAGCACAUUGAGUAAUGCCAGCCGAAAGAGAAGAGAUCCUCGCCGUAAAACCCUGACUCGCUCAUCGACCAUUGAAAUCGAGGAACGCUAUCAGGCUCUGGAGCGCAGGAUCAGCCAGGAUCAUCCAAGUGGAGAUCGGCAAUCCAAGUACAUUCCCAGCACAGCAGCUCUAGAGGAGCGGUUCAACACCCUUGAAAAGCAACUGAGUGCCGAAAAGCAACGCAAGGAGCAGACCGAUAUGGAGGCUGACUAUCCAAUUAAAUCCGAGCGAAUUCCCUCCACCGCCGACCUGGAAUCACGCUUCAAUUCCUUAACAAAGCAAAUGAGUUCCAGCGAAUCUAGUUCCAAAACUCCCAUCGAUCUCAAGGACGAGGAGCCCAGUGGGAGCAGCUCCAAGAAACAGAAGGAUAGCGAAAAAACCAGCAAGCUGCACCAAGCCGAGGAACCUGAAUCGAAUACAAAGGAAACUAACCAAGAAACAGAAACCAGCGAUAGCAAAGAAACUGAAAGUGCUGAAAAGAAAGCGGAGCAGCCACGCCUCAAGAAACUUCCAUCGACUGCAGAGCUGGAAGAUCGUUUUAAUGCCUUAGAGCGCAAAAUGAGUGUCCAGAAGAGCAGCCCAUCCAAGAACAAGAAAGAGCCACCCGAUGAAGGAGAAUCGAAGUCUACAAAGGAGCCAGAGGAACUAGAUGAGCCCGGAAGGGAAAUUGACAAGUCGUCGGACUCUCAAACACCUAUUGCUACAAAAGAUCCCAAAGACAGUGAUCAGAAAAAACCUGAAACUAAGGAGACAACUACAUCACCAAGUAAAACCCAAGACCAGAAAGUCAAGGAUAAGUCCCCAAAAAGUGAAGAGAGUGUUGAAAAACAAACCUCUGAGUCAAAAGAUGAUUCACAAGAAUUGGAAACUUCAACAACUAAAAAGGUGGAAUCCAAUCGAAAGCUUAGCUUAGAAAAAGGUAAUAACAUAGUAAACGAAAAAAGGGAAGAAUCUCCUAAGAAAGCCGAUAAAGAAACUGCUGAAACCAAAAACGAAAAUGUUGAAAAUGAAUCGUUAAAAAAAAGUGAUUCUCAAAAGAAAGAAGCCACUAAGACUUCGGUUCCUCAAACUGAUUCUGAUUUGAAACGUGCUUCUAAAGAAAACUCAACUACUAAAGAUGUGGAACUAGAAAAGACUCCUCGAAAAUCUCCACCCUCCACAGAGGAAUUAGAAAAACGUUUUAAUGCCUUGGAAAAGCAGAUGAGUACCACCAACCUAGAAACGACUAAAGAACCUGAUCAAACUAAAUCAGCAACCAAAACUCAGUCUUCGAGUGCUGAAGAAAAGACUCAGAAAUCCAUGAAAUCUUUUGACGACAAGAUUAAAGAAGUUAAUGUGGCUAUCGAAAAAGAGCAGAAGAGAGUUGAGGAGGAAGAUCAAGCUGAAAAGAAGCGCAAAAACGUUGAAGAAGGUGGAAAAGUGGUCAACAACAAAUUGGAAACCCCAAAAGCCAAAGAAGAAGAUUCUCAGCAACCAGAAGAGAGUCAGCAAAAGGGUAAGAAUCAGCGAAGAGCUUCUGAGCCACCGUCGACGGAGGAUCUCGAAAAGCGUUAUGAAACCUUGAAGCGUCGCAUGAGUAGCAAGAAUCAGUUCAACGAAACCGUGGACGAAGCUCUCGAGCGGAUCCAGCAGGAGGUAAUCUCCGAGUCGGUGGAGGAAAAGAAGCCACCACCAUCGACGGAGGAUCUGGAGAGUCGCUUUGAAGCACUGCAGGGGGAUAAGAAAAACGUGGAAUCCAAAACGGUCGAAACCAAGCACGUCGAUGUGGCCAUUGAGGCGCAUAUUCCAUCGCCACCUCCGCCGCCACCACCACCAAAGGAACGUCCUGUCCUGGCCGAACCGGUUCUCCACCAGCAACAGGCUCUGAUCGAGGAGCUGCAGAGCAAGAUGCGCGGCCAAUCACCCGGCGAGGAGAACCUGAAGCCCAGCGAGAUAAAUCCGCAGAGGAGGCAGCGAAAGCUACUGCAACGACCCACGCCCAUGGGCGAUGAGACCUCGGAAGCACCUGCAAACACGGCUUACUACAGAGCGGCAAACCACGAACAAUGGCAGCAGCGCAUGGUGCGUCGGUUCUCUGAUUUACCCUCUCGGGCCGAUCUGGAGAACCGAUUGCAGUUCCUGGAGAGGCAACUCUACAAGAAGUUCUACAAGCAGCGCUGUGCAAGUGAUUCCGAAGUUGCAUCGAGGGUCAAACUUCCGCCCGAGGACCAACCGAGCACCUCUCGGCAGGCCAAGGAACUGGAAGCCGAAGGACAGCUGGAGCAGCGUGUCCUCGCAUUGGAGAAGCAGCUGAGCGAGAACAGUCUCAAGUUGCUGGAAGCGAUGAGGGAGCGCCAAAGGUCAGCAGAUGACAGUGGCUCCCCCAGGCGACUGAGCACGGAGACAAUCGACGCCACCGGCAAGGAGCUCGUUAGAUACACCCAGAACAUUGGUGAGCUGGAGGAAGUCGACGCCCACAAGCCCAUCAACAUAAGCAUCAACAUUAAGAUGAUGGUCAACAAAGACAGUGAGUCCAAGCAGCCCAAGGCUGACUCCAAGCCCACAACAGAAGAUCUGACGCGUCGCCUGGAGCAAUUGGAGCAGCAACUGUUGGAGGAACGGGCCAAGAAUGGCUCGAUCCCACCAGAAAAUGAAGUGCUUGAGGAGAGGCCAGAAAAGCUCGAGGAAAAGGAUUCCUGCAAAAAGCAGGAGAAGAACUGCCACAAUCAGCAUGUCAAAGGUGAUGAGGUCGAGAAAGCAGAAGUGCCCAUUGAGAGAAAAAUUGAACCUGCCGCGGCUAAGGAGACCAAAACCCUUGAAAAUGAAGAGAAAGCUCAAGCUCGAGCAAAAGAUGUGGAUACUCAAAAAUCUGUUAAUGGCCAGAAUGCAGUGGAUGAUAAAAAAUCUGUUAGUGAUCAAAAUGCAGUGGAUGAUAAAAAAUUUGUUAGUGAUCAAAAUGCAGUGGAUGAUAAAAAAUCUGUUAAUGAUGAGAAUGUAGUGGUUGACAAAAAAGCAGAAAGUUUGGAUAAAAAAGAAUCUCCUGCUAAGGGAAAAUCAGUUGACAUUAAACAGAAGUCAGAGGCCACCAAAGCUGAAGUCGCUAAAGAAACGUCCACCCAAGGGAAACCUUCCGAAACUAAGUUGGAAAAACCCAUAACUAAAGACCCCGUUCCUAAGGAAGCUUCAACUAAAGAGGCUUCCCCCAAAAAGGAGAAUCUUAAAAGUGAGGAACCCAAAUCCAAAGAAAAGGAAGCGACAAAAACUGAAACAAAUAAAUCAAAGGAAACCUCAGUUCCGGUCUCCACCAAAGAAAGCAAAGUAUCGAGCAAGCAACUGCCAGAAAAAAAAGAAACAAUCAAAGACUCUGCUUCCAAAGAACUGCCCGAAAAAAUGGUAAUCAAUUCCACAGAUGUAGGACCCAUGGAUCCCAACGGCAAAACAGUGGUACUGUUAAUGGACAACGAACACAGAGCUUCGAAAGUGCGCAGAUUGACCAGGGCCAACACGGAGGAACUGGAGGAUCUCUUUCAGGCCUUGGAGAAACAGCUCAAUGAUCGAAAUCUUGUCAAAUCCGAAGACGGUCGACUGAUACGAGUAGAUCCCAAGCCAAGCGCUGAGCAAGAGGAGCAGACUCAGGCUAUCUCUGAUCUCACCAAGGAAAUCGAGGAUUUUACCAGCGCCAAACCUGAGGAGGAGAAUCCGAAGGAGGCGACAAAAGAGGACAAGUCGGAGCCCGAAGAGCCGGAGGACUUCGACUGGGGACCCAACACUGUGAAACACCACUUGAAACGCAAAACAGUCUACCUGCCGUCCACCAAAGAGCUGGAGUCUCGCUUCCGCUCCUUGGAACGCCAGAUAAAACUGCUCGAGGAUGUGGAAAAGAUCGAUGUGGAGCAGCGAUUGAAUGAAAUCGAGCGUAAAAUUAAACUGCAGUACUCGCUAUCCCACGAAAAGGAUUUGAACAAGUACUUGGAACUGUGUGAGGGUAAGGGACUGGAUGACGAUGAACCAUUGCCUGUAGAAACUCCAACGAAGGCGAAGGAAACUACCGCAACUAGAGAUCGUUCACGUAGUCCUGGGCGCAAAGCGGUGGCUACCAAAUCUCCAUAUACUUCGCCAUCGCGAAAGCCCACCAUUAAAACUCCACAUACUUCUCCCACCCGGAAGCCAAUCAUCAAAUCUCCCUAUACAUCUCCUUCCCGAAAGUCUGCCAAAUCCCCGUAUACGUCGCCUUCCAGGAAUCGACAGAGAUCACCUUCUCCAACUCGAUCGCCGGAAAGGAAGCCGAAGCGAAGUCCGUACACUUCACCAGCCCGUCGCAAGCCGCAUCCUAACGAUCUGCCCAUUUCAGAUGAUUUGGAGUACAAGUAUCGAGUACUGGAUUUGGUUAGAUCCAAAUCCAAGGAGAACUUGGCCAAGCGAAUGAACGAUCCCAACAGAAAACCGGCCAUUCAUCCCCUGGAAAUGAUUCUUAGUCCCAGUCCGGAUACAGAUGCGAUACCAACAACCGGAGAACUAGAGCACAGAAUACGUGUCCUGGAUGAGAAGCUCAAGUCGCCAGCCAAAACUCGAUCAAAAUCGCGCUCUCGAUCGCCAACCAUCGAAGACAUUAAACGUCAGAAGAUGAGAGAUGAGCAAAAGCCCAGGACUCCGGUUCACAAUCUAGAGAGGAUUGUCAGUUCGCCUGGGCGACCAGAACCACCCACUGCCGAAGAGCUCGAGGAGCGCAUACGCAUCCUGGAGCAGGAGCAUAAGUUUGACUUUAAGACCCAGAAGGACUACAAGGCAUUCAAUCAAAAGCUCAAGGACGUCAUCUCACCUUCGCUCUCCUUCGACGAAUUCCGGGCAGCCAAGUCACGUGAGCAAAGUCCCCGCCGCCAUGGCCCCACUACGCCCAAGUCUGCUCUGCGUCGCGAUGAUUUCGAUGAGGGCUACUGUGGCGGUGCCCACAUAACCACCCACUACCGCCCCACCAGCCCCAAGGUCAUUCGGUUCCGGGACGAGGACGAGGAUGAGGACCAGUUUGAGGAAGCACCCAGACCGAAGUCGCGUCAGACCAGUGAACGAAUGAAGACUCUUGCAGAUCAACCAUCGGCCACUCGCAGCUACGCCAGCAGCUCGGAGGGUCUGGAUGCCCUGGGUAGUCGUCUAAUGAGGGAGACCUCUCCGAUUACCCGAACCGGAACCCAUACGGGCGUACCACUGCGAACGGGGGAGAACAUCAACGACCGCCUGAGUUCGAUCAAGAACUCCAUCAAAUCGAUCGACACGCUGUGCGAGGAGAAGCCGUAUCAGAAGGAGAAGUGCCAGCGGUACAUCGACUCACUCUUCACGGACUCACUGCACUUUGCCAGCAAGAAGAGCUCCCUAGAGGAUCUCAGUCUCAGCCGGAGCCUAAGUCGCAGCGAGAGCCGGGGUAGGAGCAUUCACCGAACUGGAGACUAUGCACCUUCGAUAAGGGUGACCUCCGAACACCGAUCUUUGGGCUCAGCGGAUUCGCGAAGGAGUCCGUUGGGCAACCGGGACACGAGUCCCGUGCACCACAGAUCGCAUAGGGAUGUCAGCCGGGAGCUGUCCCCGCGACGGAGACGCUUGGAGGAGGAGGAUGAGGAGCGUAAGGAUCGGGAGAGCAGUAGGGUAAGACGUGAUAACUUGUUGCCAAAUUAUUUUGCUGAUAAUCGUAGCGAACUAAGUAGCGGGAGUAGUUUAACCGGGUUUAACCACAAAGUAGAUAGACAACUAGAAGAGACGUGCGCCAAGUAUGCGGACGAUCGACGCUCGGCCUGUCGCACACCGUUGAGCCACCCGUACGAGUCCCGCACCACAGCCACACGCCACAGCCACACAGAUCCAGUCCAGAUCCCAGCCAACCCAGCAGGAUCCGCCACUGCAACAGAUAGUUUCCCCCGGCCAGUGUCGCCAUAUCGCCAGCCGUACGAUCCCUACCAUCGGUCCCCUGGUGGUGCCGGUGGCACACCCCUCUAUCAGCCCGGCAAGCUGGAGAUCCGCCACACCACCGUCACCUCGACCUUCUACGAUCGGUUCCUCACUGAGAAGCAGAUCGAGCGGCAGACCCACUCCCGGCCGCCCAGUCGUUCUCCAGUGGUCUCACCCUCGGUGCCAGCCAAGAGCUACGUGGAUUUGAGCAGCACCACCUCAGCCACAUCCAGCACCACCGCCUCCUCAUUCAUGUCCAGCAGCUAUGCGGGCCCCUCCUUUUCGCUGCCCUCGGCCAGCAACUAUUCCAAUUUAAAUCCGGGUUCGGGUUCGGGUUCAGUUUCAGGUUCGGGCAUCUCCGCCAUUUCACCGCGCGCCAGUUGCUCGGAUCUCCGCUCCACUAGCAGUGGCCCUACAUCCACCAGUACCACCUCCGCAACCACCUCAUCCUAUGUACCCUACAACUUCACCAGCUCUUUCACAUCUCGCUUGAGCGAUCCCAUUACCACUUCCACUGCGAGUGCAGUGAGCACUAGUUCCCUUACCCAUUCCACGGGCGUCUACAAUCCCAUGAUGUCCUUCACGCUGAGGGAACCACUGGCCAGCAGUUCCCUGGGUGGUGCAAGUGCCUCUACAUUGCUACCGUUUCAGUUUAACAGAACCUUCACCUCCAACUUCGACAAGGAACAGAACAAACAAUAGAGGGAUGCACAUCAAUCGUUAACCAAAGGUUGUCCAUACACAUUAUAAAGCCCCCGCUGUGGAUUCAAAACAUUGAUAUAUUCCAAGAAAUCAAGCUCAAAACUUUAGCACUGAGAGAAAAAUCUGUCUAAAAACAUUUCAAUUAUUCUUGCAAAGUUCUUUAAUGCAAAUUUUUUGGAUUUGUUGUGCUUCCAAAGAUAUCAAAUAAUCUACAAUAUUCUUAAAGUUAAAAGGUUGCCACUUUCUCAACUAUUCUUGUACCGAGUUUGCUAAUUUUAGUUAGGUUUUUAUCUCAGUCAGCCUAACUUUCGCUAAGCAAUAUAAAUAUAGUAACUAUAAAUAACAAUUAAAUACCUAAACACACAUAUAUCUACAAAUAUAUACAUACCUUGCAAAUCGGAUAUUUAUUCUUCAAGCAACUCUUGCACCAAACCAUUUUGGCUUCUUGCAACUUACCUCAUCUACAUUGACAGCACCAGCAACUCAACUAUUCAUAACUUAGCAAAGAUUUUUAUACAAUAUAUAUAUCUACGUAUAUACAAAGAUGCAAAAUAUAGCCAUCGAAACUGUAACCAAUUGCGAAGAGGAGGGCAAGAUGUUAAUCCAACUUUUUUCAGCGUUAACCAAAAGUUUAGCUCUAAUUCCUUUAACAACUUUGGCUUUAGAACACUCAAUUAAACUUAAACUUUUCCUUAAAAUGAUCUAAUCAAUUUACAUGGUUUACACUAGCCAACAAUUACCCAAGAAACCAAUAUACACACACACACACACACUUUGAAACGGUUUAAAACUGAAGGUGCAUUUUUGGGCCGAGUUAGUCGAGGAUGCUAAACCUAAUGAAUAUUCAAUUACGUUAACUGACUGACACAAGCCGUUAAAUUAGUUUACCAACAUUGUUAAAUACACACGCAGCCAUAUAUGUACCUAUACCAAUUGAACGAUAUAUAUUGAUUGUAUUUAAUUACAUACACAUACCGAUUGCAGUUGUUGAAUUUCAAUUAUGCAAAAGACACGAUAACGACUAUGAAUAAUAAGCAAGAAAAGGCAAACCCGAAUGCAAACGGAUAUAGAAACCAUUAUGACUCGCGGCUAAGGAGCCGAAAGUUAAUCAAAACGAUUAGAAAAAUUUUAUGACAAGUAUUUCGAUUCGAAAUCGCCAAGAUUCCAGGAUACGGAUACUACCAAAUGCAAUUGUUACGUAGGCAAAAUGACGAUAACGGCUUCAGUUUAUAUAAGCAUAAAUUAAAUAUUAAUUAUUGUUUUCUUGUAUUUUGUUCCCCAAUUUUGUUGUAAUGCUUUUCUUGUUAUUAAGACACGUUUGUAAGCCAUUUAUGUUAUUGUUUGAAAACAAACACAAUCUAAUUAAUUGGUAUACAAAAAAAAGUAGUAAGAAUAUUUUUAUUACAAAUUGUUGAAGAGUUUUAAGUUUUGAAAUAAAAUGAAAAUAUUUAAAA